UAUAUGAUCUAAACACAGUUGUCGUUAUCGUUUCACCGCUGGGCCCCCAUGGCUAAGAAAGCUGCUACAACCGAAAAGAAAUUAAACAACAAGAAGCCGGACGACAAGAAAGGGAAAUCUGGUGGAAAUGAAGACGAGUCUGGUUCUAAAGGAGGAAAGCUGAAGGCAGCCACCGCAGUCAACGUUCGCCAUAUCCUCUGCGAGAAACACUCAAAAGCUAUGGAAGCGCUACAGAAGCUUCAGGAGGGUCAAUCUUUCAACAAGGUUGCGCAGGAAUACUCUGAGGAUAAAGCUAAAGGUCCGUUAAUCGCAGCUCAUAUUUCAUGCAUAGAAUCAUUGUGCUGCUCCUGCCAGCUGGUGGAAGCCUUGGAUGGAUGACCAGAGGUAGUAUGGUGGGUCCAUUUCAAGACGCAGCCUUUGCUCUCACUCCUUCCACUGUCGACAAACCAAUUAUCUCGCCGCUAGUCAAAACCAAUUUUGGUUACCAUAUUAUCAUGGUCGAAGGUCGACGGUGAAUAAGCACAGAUAUGACCUAUACUCGUUCAACAGCCUUUCUCGCGCACCUAUCUUCAUAUGAAUUGAAAAGCCGUUCAUCGCGAUCGAACGUUUCUUUAGGCUGCGAAAUGCAAAUGAGCUUGCUUCCGACGAGUCAGAAAACGCGUUGUACUCGAUGUUCGUUUGGCCGUAAAAUCCGCUAGUACAGCUCCCUAUCAAUAAACAAUUACCAGAUUACAGCUUGGCUUGCUGAGUGUUAGAGCAAUUAAAUUGACCUAUAGUACAC